CGAAGUUUAGGGCUUGAAAAUCGAAAGUUUCGCAUCAAUAAAGCCAUGGCAUUAGAAGGUGCUGUUUCGCAAGGCCCUGUUUCUAAUUCAAAAGGUUCUGACCAGAUUGGGGAUGCGCUCUCCUCAGAAGAUGUAGCAUGGGUUGAUUCUUGCCUGGUUAAUGAUCCUGAACUGUCUGAUAAUGAUUGGGAUGCUCUAAAAGAUGCAUUAUUAGAUAUUGUCAAUUCCCAAUCCAAUUCACAUCUUGAGACUUUGGAAGCUGAAAAUGGUUCAAAUUCAAGAGGAACUUCCGGUGGGCUUCUUCCCAUGAGUGAGGAUGAUGAGGCUGGUACUGCAUCAUAUCCAGAAGGAACUGAUGUUUACCUUGUUCCUCCUUUUGAAGAAACAAAAAGUGCUCAAUUUCCAGAUGUAACUGAUGAUGACCUUGUUCCUACCAGUGGAAUGGAUGAAACUGCAAGAUAUCGCAGUUACUUGCGAAGUGACUUCUUGAAUUCUCAUGAUCCAGGAGAAAAUGGAGAUUCUGAAGGAGUAGAUUUAUGGUUCACAAAUGAGAUUGAUUCGUCAUUUGAUGAUAUCUUCAAGGUCUGGGAUCUGGAUACACCUACUGAGGAAGAUGGACUUUUCAAACAGUUAAAAAAGGCUCUUGCAGACAGUUCUCUGCGAACUACACCAUCAACUCGAGAUGGUGGCUUUGAUUCAAACGAGGAAGCACUUGAUGAUCUGAUUGCUGGCAUUGCUGAUUUAUCUUUGCAUCCAUCCUUUGGUUGAAGAUGUUCUUAUUAUAGGCCUCAGAAUAUACACUCAUUUAUAUUGAUGUUUUUAUUGCUUUAGCACACCUUCAAGUUCUU